AUGCCGAAUAAGGUGAAGGAUUUGGAAGUGGGCACUUCGCCGGGUUACAUAAAAGCAGCUUACUAUUUGCUUUCAUCAAUGAAUCAGACUGUUAAUCCAUGUGAUGAUUUUUUUGAAUAUGCUUGUGGACGUUGGGUAUCUGAGCAUCCGAUUCCAAGUGAUCUUGGUGCGUAUGAGGUUUCUGCAUCAAUUCGUGAGAAAGUAGCGCUUAAAAUGAAAGAACUCUAUGAUUCAAAACAGUCAACGACUUCAAAAGCAAUGGAUACAGUAAAAACGAUAUAUAAAACCUGCAUGGAUACUAAUCGAUUGCAAAGUAUGAAAGGGCGAGAAAUUGCUGAGGCCAUUGAGUACCUUGGUGCAUGGCCAAUGGUAUAUGGAGGUAAGUGGUCUGAAACGAAAUUCGAUUUCACAGAAACAAUGAUUCGAAUUGCACAGACGCGAUCUUCUAGCAUUUUAAUGAAUAUCUAUGUGUCAUCUGAUCAAAAAAAUGUUUCAAGACGUUUAAUUCAUAUUGAUCAAGGAAGACUUGCACUUGGUUUUGGCACUAGAGAAUACUAUUUGAAGGAAAAGAAUUAUGCAUCGCAAUUGGAAGCUUAUAAAAAAUAUAUUAUUGACAAAGCAAUGUUAAUCUCACGUGAUGUUGGAUCAUCGAAGAAACGAAAUGAAAUUGAAAAAGAGGCUGAUGAUAUCAUCAACUUUGAGAAGAAGCUUGCUAAGAUUAUGGUUGCUGAGGAAAACCGAAGGAAUUAUACUUUGCUGUAUCACCAAUAUCAUCUCAGUGAUCUGUCCCUCUUCAUGGCAGAGAUGAACUGGAAGAAGUACUUUCAAACUGUGGUUCCUUCUGAUCUACACUGGUAUCUCAACGAAAAUCCAAUUAUCAACGUUAUUGACGUGGAAUUCUUAAAACAACUUGAUAAACUAGUAAAGGUAACACCUAAACGAACAUUAGCAAACUAUAUGAUAUGGCUUUAUACAUCAACAUGGAAUUUUCAACUGGAUGAACGAUAUGACGACAUUCACCAGGAGUUCCUUCGCUCCAUCAUCGGAAAACAGAUGAAGUCACCGCGAUGGAAGGUCUGCAGUCAAAUAGCUGUAGAACGAAUGGGUUAUGCUUCAGGAGCUUUAUAUGUCAAAUCCUUCUUUAACGAAGCUGAUAAACAAGCAGCACUUGAAAUGGUGAACCUUUUAAAGGAUGCCUUCAAAGAAAUGUUAGAAGAAUGUAAUUGGCUACAUGAAAGCACCCAACAGAAAGCAUUAAAAAAGAUCAAUGAAAUGUUAACUUUGAUCGGCUAUCCAGAAUUCAUUCGAAAUAUCAAAGACCUUGAUGAAUACUACAGCCUAUUGCAUAUUUAUUCUAACGAUACAUUCGCCCAAAUUAUAACAAAGAUAUCACGCUGGUCGUUGGAACAGUCAUACCGAAGAUUGAUAAAACCUGUCAAAAGAACGGAAUUUAGCGCCCCAGCAUCGAUUGUGAAUGCUUUUUAUUCAUCGCUGAAAAAUGCUGUUGUAUUCCCUGCAGCCAUCCUUCAAGCGCCAUUUUUUGAUCGAACUUUCCCGAAGGCAAUGAAUUUUGGUGGCAUUGGAUCGGUUAUCGGACAUGAAAUAAUUCAUGGAUUCGAUGAUCGAGGAAGUCAGUUUGACCAUCAGGGUAACCUGCGCGACUGGUGGGAUAGUGUUACAAAGGAAAAUUUCAAGCAAAAAAAAGAUUGUUUCAUGAAGGAAUACAAUAAUUACGUAAUCCCUGGAACAGAUUUACACAUCAAUGGUCUGCGCACAUUGGGUGAAAAUAUUGCAGACAACGGUGGAAUUAAAGAAGCCUUCCGAGCCUAUAGAAAUUACAUCAAGAAAAUUGGUCACGAGGAGAAACGCUUGCCAGGACUCGAACAUCUCGAUAUGAAUCAAAUAUUCUUUCUAAGUAGUGCACAGAUGUGGUGUGGACAUUCAAGACCAGCUGCAUUAAUCAGACAAGUACUAACCGAUCAACAUGCGCCACUCCGAUUACGUGUUAAUGGCGUAGUUGUCAAUCAACCUGGUUUCGCAGAAGCCUUCAAAUGUCCACCAAAUUCACCAAUGAACCCAAUAUCAAAGUGCUCAUUAUGGUAA